CGGGUCACGUGUUCGCCCCAGCUCCUCCGCAGCUCCGCGCGCAGACUCCUGCAGUGCUCAUUUUACCGUAAAAUCCAGCUUUUAGUCUUUAACUCCGCUUUUCGCUCCGUCUCUUUUGCUGUUUUUGUGCGCGGCGGGACCCAACGGUCGUGUGGAGCAUGUGUAGCCGGACACAGUGAGCCCAGGCCCGCGGAGAGGGCGCUGUGUUGACUGGGGCUCGCGGAGAGCAUGCCUUCACUCUACUGAGCCUACUGAUACUGGAUUUAGGACACACACUCACACACGCGCGGACUCUCUCUCUGUCUCAGGUGAUUCAGAGAUCAGCAGAGGUUUGGAGAUGAGUGGAGAGGUCAGUGCCGGGGUGGUGACCACGCCUCCUCCCAGCCUGCUUCAGAAGGAGAGAUAUUUUGACCGGAUCAACGAGAACGACCCGGAGUACCAGCGCAACCGCAACAUGUCCCCGGACCUGCGGCAGGACUUCCACAUGAUGGAGCAGAAGAAGAGAGUGACACAGAUCCUGGACAGCCCUGCGUUUAAGGAUGAGUUGGAGGGACUGAUCCAGGAACAGAUGAAUAAGGGUAAUAACCCGGCCGGUCUCCUCGCUCUGCGUCAGAUCGCUGAUUUCUUCAUGUCCAGCUCCAUCGCCGGAUUCUCCACCUCCCCCCUCAGUUUGGGGAUGGUGACCCCGAUAAACGACCUGUUUGGAGGUGAGUUCAGUAACCUGGUGAAGGGGGAGAAGCAGACGCGCUGUAAACUGGCGGCACUGUACCGACUGGUGGACCUGUUCAGCUGGGCACACUUCUCCAGCUCCUACAUCACUGUUCGUGUCAGCAAGGAACAGGACCACAUUCUCAUCAUCCCCAGAGGACUGUCCUUCGGCGAGGCUUCUGCUUCCAGUCUGGUAAAGGUGAAUAUUCUGGGGGAUGUUGUGGAUCAGGGCUCCACUACUCUGAGGAUGGAUCCGGCCGGGUUCAGUCCUCACGCUGCUAUCUACUCCAUGCGUCCGGACGUACGCUGCAUCGUCCACAUACACACCCCCGUCACGGCAGCCGUCUCGUCUAUGAAGUGUGGUCUGCUGCCGAUCUCUCAGGAGGCUCUGAUUCUGGGGGAUAUCGCCUACUUUAACUAUCAGGGCAGCCUGGACGAGCAGGAGGAGAGAGUGGAGCUCCAGAAAGCUCUCGGACCUUCAGCUAAGGUUCUUGUUCUGAGGAAUCAUGGAGUGGUGGCUCUGGGGGAGACUAUAGAGGAAGCUUUUCACUACAUCUACACGGCUCAGCUGGCCUGUGAGAUCCAGGUAAACGCGUUCUCCUGCGCUGGAGGAGUGGAGAACCUGAUCGUUCUGGAUUUGGAGAAGUAUAGGUCUCGGACGCAGGGCGUGGCCCAAACCGGCGUUAACAUGGCCUCUCAGAACAAGUGGAAGAUCGGAGAACUGGAGUUCGAGUCUCUGAUGAGGAUGCUGGAUAACCUGGGUUAUCGGACAGGCUAUGCUUAUCGCCACCCGAUCGUGCGAGACAAACCGCGGCACAAGAGCGAGGUGGAGAUCCCGGCCACAGUCACGGCGUUCUCCUUUGAUGAUGACGAAACUCCUCGCCUCCCGUUCAGACUCCUGCAGCAGCGGCACCAGAGGGAGAAAACCCGCUGGCUCAACUCCCCCAACUGCUACACCAAGGUCAAUGUCACCGACGGAGGCGUGGAGGAGAGCGCGCGCAUCCGCACCCUGUGGAUGAAGUCUGAGGACGGCAGCAGCAGCAGUGGGACCCCGAUUCGUAUUGAAGACCCAAACCAGUUUGUUCCUCUGAACACAAACCCCAACGAGGUUCUAGCAAAGAGAAAUAAAAUCAGAGAGCAGAACCGAUUCGACAUGAUGACGGCCGGCCCACAGUCUCAGAAGCUGGCGGGAAUCGUGGUGGAGAGACCGCCGGAGCGGAUCUGUGUAAAGCCGUACUCAGGAGGAGAUGAGGAUCAGGCCGAGCCGCUCCCCCCGAACCCGUUCAGCGAGCUGAACGCAGGAGAGCUGGACGACUACAAGAAACGAGUGGAGCACCACCACCUGGGAGUUGAUGAAGAGGAUCAGUUAACCUCUGAUGAUGCUUCUACGCUCUCCCAGUCUGUGUCUCAAACCCAGUCACCACAACACACACCUGCUAAAGAAGAGAACCACAUGAACCUUCUGCUCAACGGUAAAGACGACCACGGAGACGAGGAGGAGCUCAGCAAGCGCAUGAGUCAGCUGACCACCAGCGUGGAGAGCGUGGAGAUCACGGUGCGCUCGGGCGAGAAGAUCGAGGAGGCGCUGUCCCCCGAGAGCUCGCCCUCCAAAUCCCCCAACAAGAAGAAGAAGAAGUUCAGAACCCCCUCCUUUCUGAAGAAGAACAAAAAGAAAGAGAAGGUGGAAGCCUGAGGGAGCCACGACCUGUCUGUCUGUAUGUCUGUCUGACUGUCUGUCUGUUUGUCCGUCUACCUGCCUGUUCGUCUGUCUGUCCAUCCGUCUACCUGCCUGUUCGUCUGUCUGUCUGUCUCUCUGUCUACUGUUAUGUUUUUACAUUUAGUUUUCUUUAUUUUAUUUGACAUUUUAAACAAAUGGUUAUUUGAAAAAAAUAUUUUGGCACAUUUUCAGUUAGUUUUUGAGAAGAUUAGCGUGGUGUGGAGGUGUUCAGGUGUGGAAGUGUUCAGGUGUGGAGGUGUUCAGGUGUGAAAGUGGGCGGCAGCUUUGGCUGGUGAGAUUAUUAGUGUGUUUGGAUGGAAGUAAAGUGAGAAGAGGGAGAAUUAGUCCUGGGAAACUGGCUCUUUCUUCAGUAAAGCAUCUCUGCACAGGUACUGCAGCGCUCCUGUUAAACUGAAACCACUGUGUUCUUCUUUUUUAUUCUUCUGUUUAUUCUGACUCCUCCUCUAUCUUAUUUUAUACCCCUCUAAAAACACGAUGUUUGAUUUUUGCCUCAAGUCGAGUUUUACUGGUUUAACCACACGGCAGAGACAGAUCACACACUGGACUCUUAUUUUGGAAUUUUUCUACAGGGUUUUAUUUUUUAAUCCACCUUUUCCCUCUCGUUCUCUUUCUGAUCGAUCUGAUUGAAAAUCCUGUGUAGAAUCUCGAGCUGCCAAACACUCAAAAGCAAUCACGUUUUAGUGAAGUUUCUCAUUUCAGUCUCUUUUAGUUGUUUUAGAGUUCGACUCGUCAGCGAGUUUCAUUUUCCUCUCAGUUUGGUAAAAUUCUGCUCUGUUUUCUACUCGUUUCUGCAGUUUUACAGCAGAUUUUCUGUUUUAAACUUGCUUUUGCUUUUACUUGUUUUUGUCGUUUUUGUUUUUCCGCUACAGUCUACGUUUCUAAAGCUGAUUAUGUAAUGAUGCUUGAUAUUUCUCAGCUAUAUUAUUAUUAUUAUUAUUAUAACUCAGAUUACUAAACACACAAACAUAUAUAUUACUUGUUUUUACUUGUUUUUGAAACUGGAUGAGUUAAAGAAACUGUUAAAGAACAGGAUGAGUGAUGUAAUGAUAUAUAUUUUAUUUUUGUGCUGCACUUUUAUUGUAGUGUAUGUAUAUGUACAUAUAUAUAAAUAUAAAUAUAAAUGCAUAUAGAUGAUUUCAGCAUUGGUUGGCGUCUCUGAGACUGCAGAACGUUGGAGGCAGGUGGAUGUUCGGAGCAGGUGGAGGUGGGGGUGGAUGUGAGGGUUAUACAGCUAUGCUAAAGUAUAUGCGUUAUAUAUUUGUAGUUUUUAUUACGGUUAAAAUGAAUCCCAGAGUGAGAAAAUGCAGCAGGUGAGAGACGGGAGUCAGCAGGGGACUGGUUUCAGGUUUCGGCUUCUUUUUUGGCAGUUUAGUUAUUUUUUAAAGAGGGUUUGAAAGCCAUAGAAGUCUGAAGACAAUACAAGAUACAAGGUUUUUGAACUGGAGGAGUUUAAUUGUUGGGCUCAUUCAGAAAUCUCACGCGUCCAAAAUGAGUGAAAAACGAAAGUUUUAACAAAAACAGGAUGUGUGUGUUCAGGCCCGAGGGUGUUCUGAUCACUGGACUGCUGUUCAUGAGCUGCUGGUUCUGCCGCCUCUCGUCCCACAGCUUCUCCAGGUCACUGGGGACAUUUGGGGACAUUCAGGGACAGUCGUGGGGUUCGAUGUUGGAUUGGUUUGAAAUCUCGUGGUUUCAGUAGCAGUCUGUAUGGUGACCCGUGUCCUCAAGGUUCUGAUGGGACAGUCAGCCAUUGGUCCCGUAACCCGGUCGUCCUCCAGGACUCGGUGUCGGUGAGGAACUCUGGUUAGGGUUUGAUGUCUGUAGGAUUUGUUUAUUCAGUCUGGCGGUGAGGACUGAGCGCGUGCAGACGGGCGGAUUUGUACUUUAAUGUUGUUUUAAGCUAAACGCUAAAGGAGCUAGUCCAGCUCAGAGUCGCGUGUUUUUCAGAAAGGCGACUUUUCCAAUCAAAAGAAAGAGUUUUGUGACGUUCAGAGAGAAUCGUGAACCAGGUUUCCACAGGAUAAGUCUCAGAGUUCGAGACGAUCAAUCCCAGCGAGCAAUGUGAAGCAGAGACAUGGAGAGGGAUGCUUUUUUAUUUUUUAUUUUUUUUAUUUUAACUUAGCUGCCCAAGUUCAGACAAGCCCCGCCCCCUGUGCUAGGAUCUAAAAACACCUCGUUCAGCACAAGCCCCGUGUUUUUCUCUGUUUAGCUGGUGGUUCGUCCUGUAGAAACUGCCAGAAGUGACGUGCGCUCGCCGGCGCUGCGUUUGGUGACGUGAGGUUCGGAUGGAUCUCCUCGGCUACAGAAACCUAAAUCACAUAAAGAUCUCAAUUUCCUGAGUUAACCUGAAGAACGCGUGAAGUUUGGAGGUUAGGAAGUUUGAUCUGUGUGCGUUUCUCUUCCACUGUGUUGUAAUAUCACUGACGGUUGUCUGUGAAAUAUUUAGUAGUGAUUAGUGAAAUGGAUCUGAAUCUGAUUGAAUACUUUUGGCAGUAUAGUGUAUACUUGAAUGUUUUGUUUGAGACAAGCCCCGCCCCCUACACUAGAAAUUCAAAUUUCUGAUCAGUUUUAUGUAAUAAAACUCUUUUUUUGAGAUAUUUGAGAUUAAUUCUAUUAUUAUAAAGUACUGCUGGUUAUUCAGUGCCGGUGGGCGGAGUUUCUGAAGAGCCUGUAGUUUUAAACAAGGCUCAGAUUUGAAGGAAUAGUUUGUUUAUUAAAUCUUAAAGAAUUAGCAUAAAAUAAUUUCUUUUUAUUAUUUUUUUUCCUCUCAAACUGGACCUUUUUAGUACGACCACAUAGAAAUAGAGGGAUGUAUAAAAAUGCAGGGAGGGAUUAAAAAGCCUGAUGUUUUAUUGCUUCCUUUGUUUCAUGUUCAUGUUUUCAUCACUUCUUCUUUUCAGUUCUUUCUUUCCUCCCUUCAUAUUGUAUCUCAGUAUUCUCUCUCUCUUAGUUUACAGACGUUUAUUAAUAAUUUUCUGAGCAAUAAUGGCUCACAACUAAACAAACGUGCAUUAUUAUUAUUAUAUAAUUUUUUUUGUUUAAUUUUCUGACCGUUUGCACUUUUUCUUUUGUUUAAUUUUUGUUAACUAACGCUCCUUUUCUCUGUGUAGUCCUCAAUAUCAGAGGGAAUUAUUAUUGUUUUUUUUUUUUUUUUUUUUUUUGGCAUGCGAGUGUGAGCCAAGCCUCGAUCUGUGAAAACACGUAUAAAUUGUAAUCUAAUGGACUUGCUUUAGAUUGUAUUGCUAAUCCAUGUAAAUUCACAAAUAAAAAACUAUUUUAAGAAACAAA